AUGAGGGAAACUCAGAGUUACCACCUCUUUCCUCUCUGCCCGCAGGUGUGUGCAAGGUCACCCAACAUGAGUACUUCGACUCCACCAUUCUUCCUCCCAGACACAGACAACCAGGUCCAAGGAGCUAAUCACAGCAGCGCUGCAGGAAAGCCAGAGCCAUCAUAUGCCGUUCUCAAGUUCAUGGAGAGCUUCUGCCUCAUCAGUGCCACCUGUGGGAUGGUGGGAAAUGGCGUGGUUCUAUGGUACCUUGGCUUCUGCAUCCGCAGAAACCACUUCACUGUCUACAUCCUAAACCUGGCUGCCGCUGACUUUGGCUAUCUCCUCUGCAUCGCCAUCGAGAGCAUCCAGUAUCUGAUGCAGUUCAACGUAGGAGUGCAGUUUGGGAUAUUCCUCUUCCUGGAUCUUUUCAUGUACGGGACCGGCUUGUAUCUCCUGACAGCCAUCAGCAUCGAAAGGUGCCUCUCCGUCCUCUGCCCAAUCUGGUGCCGAAGCCACCGCCCAAAGCACUUGUCUGCCAUCAUCUCCGGCUCGCUCUGGGGCCUUUCUCUGUUACUGAACAUGGCUGGCUAUAUUCUGUGCUCCAUCCGCCCCUCUGGCAGCUGCUGGAUGCUGCUCAUUGCCAUUGGCGUCUUGGAUUUCCUGGUCUGCACACCCCUCAUGGUGUUCUUCAGCCUGACCCUCUUCCUCAGAGUCAAGUGCAGCUCCCAGAACUUCCGAACAGGACGGCUCUUCACCGUCAUCAUGCUCACCGUGCUCUUCUUCCUCAUUUUUGCCGUGCCUCUCAGUGUCCUCAUCCUCUUUGACUUCUUGGGCUACAAAUUCCUCUAUUCCCCCGAGAUCGGCUUUGUGCUGUCCUGUGUGAACAGCACUCUCAACCCUGUCAUUUACUUCCUUGUGGGGAGCUACAGGGACCGGAGGAUCAAGUUCACCCUCAGGCUGGCGUUCCAAAGGGCCUUUGAAGAUUCGGCAGAUGACAAAGAGGAACGGGAUACCCGAGACACAAUAACUAUGUCCUCCUAACACCCUUCUGUGCCAACUCAGCAGUAGUGCUCUGGAGAUGGGAGGUGAUUGCUCACAGGGCUGAAGAACUCUGAGGUACUGCUGGAGGUCCGUCCCACCCAACCUUAGCAGUCUCCGUUCUGAAUACCUGCCCUCUCACCAGUUACUUGAAGCUCUGCCCACAUUAGGACUGCAUUUCUUCCCAGCAGCUAUUAAAUGAUAAGGCGAAAUGCCUUGGUGGCUGCGUUUCAUCACAGGAAUCCUGCUCAGUUUACCACUCAAUAUUAAGUUCUGUUUCUCAGAGCAUUAAUAUUCAGUCACUUUUUUUACACAGAUCUCUGAAGAUGAGGGCGGAUCUAUGAUCUUCCUGUUGAAAUCAGAUAAGAGAUUCCCAGAAGAGAGUCCAACUCCAUUAAUUUUAACUAUUUGCACAUCAGCAACAUAUGCAAUCUUUGUGGCUCGUACGGUGAAUGAUUCUUUGCUUUGUAAUGUGAGCAUUUCAAAUAGUGAAAUGCUUCAUGUUCUGGAAGUCUCUGUUAAUUAGUUAAUAGUUAUUAGUUAAUAGGAGCGUUUCACACUGUGGGUGUAAUGUAGUAGAAAAGAGCUCCAUCCCCUUCCAAUUUGCCUUGCAACUCCAUGCACUGUGUUGCAUGCACUGUUUUCUUGCAUUUCAAGUAAAUACAGAGUCAGAGUUGUGUAUCAUUUUAGCUUUCUCCAACACAGCACAAAAGUACCCGCAUUUAACUGCAGCAAGAAUUUGUUAUUUCUUCCCUUCCCAGACGAUAAGAACAUGGCAUCCAACACGU